CAGAUCCACGUUAGCUUAGGGAAACAUUGCCCAAGUCUUUCGAUACCGACAAAGAAAAAAAAGACCUCAACCUUAUACUUACGACUUCUCCCUACGACUCCGACCAAUUGAUCCGUCCACAACGCCAUGGCGCCUCUGACCAUUGCGUCCCGCGCUCUUGCGCGAGGAGUAGCGAAAUCCUGCAGCCGUGUAAAUGCCGCCCGCGCCCUCAGCACUACUACCCAGCUUAACGAUGCCGCCGGCUCUUACUCCAGCCCGUUCAAGGGCGAGUCCAAGUCUACCAAGAUCCCCGACUUCGGCCACUACAUGGCUAAGAACAGCUCCAACACGAAUCUGCUCUUCCAGUACUUCAUGGUUGGAACUAUGGGUGCUAUUACCGCGGCCGGGGCUAAGUCUACUGUGCAAGAAUUCCUAAAGAACAUGUCCGCAUCUGCCGACGUCUUGGCCAUGGCCAAGGUCGAGGUCGACCUCAACGCCAUCCCCGAGGGCAAGAACGUCAUCAUCAAGUGGAGAGGAAAGCCCGUGUUUAUCCGACACCGUACCGAAGACGAAAUCAACGAGGCGAACUCGGUCAAUGUCGCAUCGCUACGUGAUCCCCAGACCGACGAGGACCGUGUCCAGAAGCCUGAGUGGCUGGUCAUGUUGGGCGUCUGCACGCAUCUAGGUUGUGUGCCUAUCGGCGAGGCGGGAGACUUCGGCGGGUGGUUCUGCCCGUGCCACGGAUCGCACUACGACAUCUCGGGACGUAUAAGGAAAGGACCGGCGCCGCUCAACCUCGAAAUCCCCUCGUACGAGUUCCCCGAGGAGGACAAGUUGAUUAUCGGUUAAAGCGAGCUUACGCUGUACAAUUACCAACUACCUAGACUGGCGGCAGGUCGUGCCUCAUUUGAUAGACGUAAUGACAUGAUCGUUUUGAGGUUCAUCGUGGCAUUCUUUAGAAGUUUCCCUGGCGUGGCCAUGGCCAAGGCUAAUCUGUACAAACAAUUCGAAACUUUGUUGAGAUUAAAAAAGUAUCAUCACUUCUAAGACUACUUG